GCUUUUCGGGUUUCCGUGGUAGGGAGAGGAGAGGAGGAGGCUGUCGGAAAGAUUUUGGGGAAGAGGGAGGUGGGGAGGGUUCGGAGGUUGAAACAAGAGAAGAUGAGGAACAAAACAUCAAGUUGAUUGAAAUUUUGGAACUGUUGGUGGCUGCUGGGUAUUUUCGAGCAAGAAUCAAGGGGUUAUCACCCUUUGACAAGGUGGUAGGCGGCAUGACGUGGUGUAUCACUACUUGCAGCGUUGAUAUCGAUGUUGAUUUAUUGUUUCAGGAAAACUCUACUAUUGGUCAAAAAAUUGCCUUAACUGAAAAAAUUGUGUCAGUAUUACCAAAAAUGAAGUGCCCUCAUCGUUUGGAACCACAUCAGAUCCAGGGACUGGAUUUCAUUCAUAUAUUUCCUGUUGUACAGUGGCUGGUGAAACGUGCAAUAGAAACAAGGGAAGAAAUGGGAGACUAUAUUCGUUCUUACUCUAUAUCACAGUUUCAAAAAACUCAUAGGCUACCAGAGGAUGAUGAAUUUAUGCAAAGAAAAGAGAAGGCCAUCAAAACUGUUACUGAUAUCUUUGUAAGUAUGUUAGACUUUGAUGCUCAAGAAGCAAGGCUUGGUGAGAAUGACAUGGCAAAGAUGAAGCUGGUCAUGGUCCUGGAACUAGAUAUGCAUGUGUCUAUUUCUGCAGCUAAGGGAAUAGUUCCAUAUUCAGGGUCCAAGAAUGAAACAGAUAAUGGAAAGCAAGAAAAACAAG